GGCCCGUAAGGGGGGGCGCCUGUGCUAAUUACAGCAACUGGAACCCCUGGACUGUCCGCUAAAAAUAUCCACUCCCGCGGGCGCCGUGACACCGGCCAGUGAUGGACGGGUCGUGAGAUGCAGCUUUGACGUGCCAACUUCUCGUCAACUGUCGGCCAUGUAGCCACCGUCUCCUUGAACCAAGCCUCACGACCUCACGACCUCACGACUGCCGUCCCUUUGUCGUCGCUAUGGCCGGCAUCAACGACGUCCCCUUCAUCCGGGGCCUCGCCGUGCCCUCCGUCUGCCUCCUCAUCGCCUUUCUUGGCUAUUUCUCCCAGCUGGUCUUCCACUUUUCGACCCUCGACCCCGGCCCGCCCACGCGCAAGCAGUCUAUCAUCUUCAACUCUCUCCUCGCUCUCCUCUGGCUCACUUACUACCGCGCAAUCACUGUCGACCCAGGCCGCUAUGUCUUCGACGGUCGCGUCCUCGAGGCCAACGGUCGCUGGUGCAACAAGUGCUCUGCCCCGAAGCCCCCGCGCGCCCACCACUGUCGACACUGCGCUCGCUGCGUCCCCAAGAUGGAUCACCACUGCCCGUGGACCCGCAACUGCGUUUCCAUGACCACAUUUCCCCAUUUCCUUCGAUUCCUCAUCUUCACGAAUCUCUCCCUCUGGACCCUUGCCCACCUGCUGUGGCUGCGCUUUGCCGUCCUUUGGGAGCACCGCCGACUCCCCGCCUACCUCGGACCUAGCCUCGCCGGCCUAAUCUCCUUGGCGAUCCUAUCCCUCAUCUGCCUACUCACCUCGCUCGCCCUCAUAGUCAUGCUCACAACGACUAUCAGGAGCUGGGUGCUCAAUCAGACCAUGAUCGAAAGCUGGGAACAAGAGCGCCACGAGGCCAUCGCCGAUCGAGGGGGCAAGGACUGGUGGGAUGUUGUCGGACCUGAUGGCGAGAAGUUUCGCUUCGAGAGGCUCGAGUUCCCAUAUGAUAUUGGCUUCUUCACGAACAUGGCCCAAGCUAUGGGCACCUACAACGUCCUUCUCUGGCUCUGGCCCCUAGCUGGCAGCCCGAAAAUUGCGAAGAACGGCCACGGAUCUGGCUGGGACUGGGAAGAGAAUGGUUUCAACCGUGUAGAGGGGCUAUGGCCGCCUCUAGAUCCAGAGAAGAUUCGCCGCUCCAAUAAAGGAUGGCCCGCCGCGAGAAGAGACUAUGCCGAGGAGCUGCGGACGGUCGACAUGAGCCCCGACGAAGUAAAGGCCACCUUUAAGAAACGACAAGCCGAGGACGAGCGGCGGAAGAGGAUGUUGCUGGCCGAGUUAGAAGAGGUGGACGAUUAUGACAUGUACAAUGACGAGGAUGAAGAUUUGUUUGAAGAGGGCUAUGAUGGGAAGCCAGGCUGGACUAACUCCGAUGGAGACCGACUCCGAGACUUUGGUGUCGACGAGGACUCGAAUCCUGCAAAUGAAGACGAGGACGUACCCCUCGCUGAACUAAUACGGAGGAGAAAGGUGUUGCAAAAGGACGGAGACGAUUAGGACAAGACAAUAGACUUUCUAAUUUGGAGCAAAAUUCAACCUUCUAAAAAGGACU